AGAUGUCCUUGCACUGCCGAUCUUCAAGCAGGAAGAACCGCAGCUGUCUCCUGAGAAUGAUGCCAAACUGCCACCCUUCCAGUAUGUCCUCUGCACAGCCACGUCACCUGCUGUGAAACUGCAUGAAGAAACCCUGACCUACCUCAACCAAGGUCAGUCUUAUGAAAUCCGUCUACUUGAGAAUAGGAAAUUGGGAGAGUUUCAAGAUUUAAACACAAAAUAUGUAAAGAGCAUAAUUCGUGUAGUUUUCCACGAUCGACGCCUGCAGUACACAGAGCAUCAGCAGCUUGAGGGCUGGAGGUGGAGUCGGCCUGGGGACCGCAUCCUUGAUAUAGAUAUUCCACUGUCAGUUGGUAUCUUGGAUCCCAGGGCCAGCCCAACCCAGUUGAACACUGUUGAAUUUCUGUGGGAUCCAUCAAAGAGAGCCUCAGCAUUUAUUCAGGUACAUUGCAUCAGCACAGAAUUUACUCCACGGAAACAUGGAGGAGAGAAAGGGGUGCCCUUCCGAGUGCAAAUUGACACCUUUAAGCAGAAUGAAAAUGGUGAAUACACAGAACACUUGCAUUCUGCAAGCUGCCAGAUCAAAGUGUUCAAGCCUAAAGGAGCAGACAGAAAACAGAAGACUGACAGGGAAAAAAUGGAGAAGAAGACCACCCAAGAGAAGGAGAAGUAUCAGCCUUCCUAUGAGACAACUAUUCUCACAGAGUGCUCUCCCUGGCCAGAUGUGCCUUAUCAAAUGAACAAUGCUCCAUCUCCAAGCUACAACAGUUCUCCCAACAGCUUCAACCUUGGAGAUGGCAACAGUUCUCCAACCCACCAAGUGGAGCUCCUGCCUCCCAGCAAUGAUCAUCUCCUUCCUUCUGCUUCUAUUCAAGAUGCCCAGCAGUGGCUUCAUCGUAAUAGGUUCUCUCCAUUCUGUAGACUCUUCUCAAGUUUUUCGGGUGCUGACUUACUGAAGAUGUCCAAAGAAGAUUUUGUUCAAAUCUGUGGGCCUGCUGAUGGAAUUCGGCUCUUUAAUGCAAUCAAAGGAAGAAAUGUAAGGCCCAAGAUGACAAUUUAUGUCUGUCAAGAACCAGAGCAAAACAGGUCUCAUCUCCACCAAAAACGAGAAAAUGGAGAUGGCAGUCUUUGUGUAUAUCAUGCAAUCUUCUUGGAAGAAUUGACCACGCUGGAAUUAAUCGAGAAAAUUGCAAACUUGUACAGCAUUUCUCCACAGCAGAUAAAUCGAAUCUAUCGGCAGGGACCCACAGGGAUCCAUGUAUUAGUGAGCAAUGAGAUGGUGCAAAACUUCCAAGAUGAAUCUUGUUUUGUUAUCAGCACAUUAAAAGCUGAAAGCAAUGAUGGCUACCACAUCAUUUUAAAAUGACCGUGCUGCACAGAAAGACUUUUAACAGCCUAAAAUUUAGUGCCUCACUGAGAUUGCUACAACCUAGACUGGAAACAUGAAGAACCUUCUGGUUAAAAUGCUCCUGUGAACUAAGAAUCACCAAACAGCUUAAGGAAAAACUUACUUUUACAGAUAUACAUUUCUGGUGAUGUGUGGUUUUGUUUUUUUCUUUUAAGCUGGAGCUGAGAACAUCCUCAAAGCUUGUACAUGUUUCUUCCUCCUUCCUCUCCUCUUCAGUCUUAAAAAUUGUCGAGGUUUCUGCUUAUUACUUAGAAAC